AAAAAAAAAUCACGGCCGUCGUAGCCCGUGCGCUAGACCCGCACGCAGAUCCCGAGGGGAUCUCGUUUUGGGAAAGUGGGGAGAGCGAGCGAGCAAGGAUCUCAGCAGCUCGCCUCCUCCACAAGGGCAGCAGACUGGAGAGUGGGUGAGAGCCAGCCGAGCAGAGCUCUAGCUAGAUCCAGCAGCUCCCUCGUCCUUGGCUUGGCCUUGCUUGCUGCUUCAGCCAGUCACUCCGUUUGGUCAGGUGACUCUCCCCUCCUCUCCUCCUCUACCGCCGAGAGAGAGAGCAAGGGGGAGAUCCAAUCCAAUCCGAUCCAGUCCAAAUGGCCGGGCGGCGCGCGGAGGAGGAGUACGACUACCUCUUCAAGGUGGUGCUCAUCGGGGACUCCGGCGUCGGCAAGUCCAACCUGCUCUCCCGCUUCACCCGCAACGAGUUCUGCCUCGAGUCCAAGUCCACCAUCGGCGUCGAGUUCGCAACGCGAACGCUCCAUGUUGAGGGCAAGAUCAUCAAGGCACAGAUCUGGGACACGGCAGGCCAAGAGCGGUACCGGGCGAUCACGAGUGCCUACUACCGUGGAGCCCUUGGUGCGGUCCUCGUCUAUGAUGUGAGCAAGCCCACCACCUUCGAGAACAUCAGCCGGUGGCUCAAGGAGCUGCGCGACCAUGCCGAUUCCAACAUCAGAAUCAUGCUCGUCGGCAACAAGACUGACCUCAGACACCUCCGGGCUGUCACCAGAGAGAAUGCCCAGAACUUUGCAGAGGCAGAAGGCCUGUCCUACAUUGAGACGUCUGCGCUGGAGGCGACAAAUGUUGAGGAGGCAUUCCAGCUGAUCCUGGGCGACAUUUAUCGUGCCAUCAGCAAAAAACCCGUGGCGUCGGAUGAGUCUGGGGCCGGGGCUGCUGGAGGUGUCAAGGAAGGCAAGACGAUCAACGUUGCAGCCGGUGACAGUGCUGCUGAAAAGAAGCAAUGCUGCUCAGCUUAGUACGGGUGCUGCGUCCUGCCGAGAUCUUCCAGAGGCGAAUGUGUUGUCGUGACGGCUGUUUUGAGUCCAAAGUUUGUUGAUUCGUUUUGUCAGAUAGUACCUUUGUUGGACCUCAAUUCUCUAAAGCAAGCAGUUAUAUAUGAUUAUAUCAAAUCAUCAAGUCAGUUGUUCUCCUAUAUGAUUGUAUAUCAAACCAUCCAUUCAAUUAUUUUCUAUCAAGUA